GAGGAGAGUACAGGUCGUGCUGCAAUUAGUUCAUUGAAAACUCAUUUGCUCUUGGAGCAGUCAGGCAGUGACUGCCUUCGGCUUUUUUUCUGCUGACUAAGAUCUCCUAUAGAGAGCUACAACAAUGCCCAAAAGAAAGGCUGCAGGUCAAGGUGAUAUGAGGCAGGAGCCAAAGAGAAGAUCUGCCAGGUUGUCUGCUCAGAUGCUUGUGCCAGUUACACCAGAGGUGAAGCCUAAAAGAACAUCAAGUUCAAGGAAAAUGAAGACAAAAAGUGAUAUGAUGGAAGAAAACAUAGAUACAAGUGCCCAAGCAGUUGCUGAAACCAAGCAAGAAGCAGUUGUUGAAGAAGACUACAAUGAAAAUGCUAAAAAUGGAGAAGCCAAAAUUACAGAGGCACCAGCUUCUGAAAAAGAAAUUGUGGAAGUAAAAGAAGAAAAUAUUGAAGAUGCCACAGAAAAGGGAGGAGAAAAGAAAGAAGCAGUGGCAGCAGAAGUAAAAAAUGAAGAAGAAGAUCAGAAAGAAGAUGAAGAAGAUCAAAACGAAGAGAAAGGGGAAGCUAGAAAAGAAGACAAAGAUGAAAAAGGGGAAGAAGAUGGAAAAGAGGAUAAAAAUGGAAAUGAGAAAGGAGAAGAUGCAAAAGAGAAAGAAGAUGGAAAAAAAGGUGAAGACGGAAAAGGAAAUGGAGAAGAUGAAAAAGAGGAAGAAGACAGAAAAGAAACAGGAGAUGGAAAAGAGAAUGAAGAUGGAAAAGAGAAGGGAGAUAAAAAAGAGGAGAAAGAUGUAAAAGUCAAAGAAGAUGAAAAAGAGAGAGAAGAUGGAAAAGAAGAUGAAGGUGGAAAUGAGGAAGAAGCUGGAAAAGAGAAAGAAGAUUUAAAAGAAGAGAGGAAGGAAGAAGAAGAAGAAGGAAAAGAGGAAGAUGAGAUCGAAGAAGAAAAUGGAAAAAAAGAGGAGCCGCAGAGUAUUGUUUAAAACUGCCCUAUGUAGUUUCAUAAUUUGGUAACAUGUACCUUCAUGUUGUAAAGUUAAUAGAGAUAAAUAUUUUUAUCAAAAAUUUUAUAAACACAGCCUUUCUUUAGCAUUGAUUUAAUUUCAGAACAUCUUCAUAUUGAUUAUUAGCCAUAAAGUUUCUAACAUGAAACAUUUAUCUAUAAAUUUUGUGAUUAUAGUAGUGGAAUAUAUAGAAAAAAAUAUGCUUUCAACUUUGUGAGUGAAUUUCGUGUUGUGUAAGUUAUAUGUCAAAUCUUUGAAUUUUAAUUUUACUCUUUUAUACAUGUGAUAAUUUCAUAAAGUGAGGGAUCCCAAAAAAAGAGUUUCAUCCAACAUUCUUGUUCUGCAGGUUGCUUUUAUAAAGAAGGUGAACUAUUUUCAUGUAAUGUUAAGAGUUAAACUUAUCUUUCCCAAAUAUAACUUUAUUAUUAGCUUGGGAAAAAUGAAAUUGUAUUCCCAUUUUUAAAAUAAAUACAAAUGUUUAUUUCAGAAGGGCAGUUUUGAUUAUAUGUGAAUGCACAAAUUUUACUGGAUUUAUCUUAAUAAAAAGACUCUUUGACAAUGA